AUGCCUAUCGGUGUUCCAAAAGUGCCUUUUAGGCUUCCAGGAGAAGAAGAUGCUGUUUGGAUCGACGUAUAUAACAAUCGACUUUAUCGAGAAAGAUUACUUUUUUUAGGACAGCAUGUAGAUGAUGAAAUUGCGAAUCAACUUAUUGGUAUCAUGAUGUACUUAAAUGGAGAAGACGAAAAUAAAGAUAUGUAUUUAUAUAUUAAUUCUCCUGGUGGAGCUGUAUUAGCAGGAAUAUCCGUUUAUGAUGCUAUGCAAUUUGUAGUUCCUGAUGUUCAUACAAUUUGUAUGGGAUUAGCUGCUUCAAUGGGAUCUUUUAUUUUAGCUGGGGGUGAAAUUACUAAACGUAUAGCGUUACCUCACGCUAGGGUAAUGAUUCAUCAACCUGCUAGUUCUUAUUAUGAUGGACAAGCAGGAGAAUGUAUUAUGGAAGCCGAAGAAGUAUUAAAACUUCGCGAUUACAUUACUAGAGUUUAUGUACAAAGAAUAGGUAAACCUUUGUGGGUUAUUUCUGAAGAUAUGGAAAGAGAUGUUUUUAUGUCAGCGCAAGAAGCAAAAACCUAUGGCAUUGUUGAUCUUGUAGCUAUAGAAAACACUUAA